AUGACGAACAUGCCGUUACCUAAUAUUCUAAAAAAGGCAAGCAGCUACAUCUUGGGUGACGGAGGCCACGAUUCGCGUGCUACGCUAUACCAGGAUGGCGAGGUGUUGUUUUGCAAAAACAAUGUAUGCGUUCAUCCGCCGACGAUAAUGCGACAACAUUGCGAUGUCGUACAUCAUCCGGGUUACUUGACGGUCACCUGUAGAUUUGUUAAAAACCCUACAGUUCCUACGUUGCAUUUGAGUUGGAUACCAAACAGUACGCUUCGAAAACAUCCAACUACUUUGGAGAAUAAUUUUUCAAAGAAGCUGGAUGGAACUUUGAAAGAACUGGAUCUUGAAUACCAAAGACAGAUUUCUGAAGAAAGCUGUGAUUCUAGACUAGAGUAUGACACCGCUCAAGGAAACAUUGACGUCUGCCUCGAAGUCAAGGAACCUGUUAACUGCGGGGACUGUGAACGAAUUUGUUCUGGCGGAUAUUCUAAAGGAGGCAAUGGAUUCUCACAGAAUAGAGACUCUGAUGGUAUUCGAUUGACUUCUGGAUAUAGUGGGAAUUUUAAAGUACAAACUGAUGUUGACCGAAAGACAGAAAAUGGACUUAAAACCACCGAAGUCGAUCCCGAAAAAUGUACUGCAAAUGUAGACAUUGAGUGCAAUGAUCAGAACUCAGAGAAAACAAGAGAAAAUAUUAUUAGUUAUACAAAAUCUGCUACUCAAAACCCUAUAAGCUUAGAUAAUGAUAAUGCUAAACCUAAGAGUCAAAACUCUGUAAAAUAUAGGGAUUCGAAAGAGGAAGGUCAAAGUACUGAUUCGGAUUUAGAUAGCAACGAUACAAAGUGUGAAGAAAAGUAUCAAAGACAAGAUAAUUCAAGAUCUAUGCACGCAGUAAACUCAAAAGAAACAAAGAGCAUUCAAUCAGGGGCGAAGAGCAUAGAGUUUGUAAACACUGGAAUGUCUAAGACUGAAUUCGAGACAGAAAAUAAUGACGACAAGGUAUUUACCAAGAAUGAAAUAAGAGUAUGGGGAUGUGACGAUGACAGCAUGAAGAGCCGAAGUAUGUCGUUAACUUCAACAUGCAGUUUGAACAUAAUGGCUCCAACUGAUGUUGAAGAAUUUCCAACAUGGAUGAGGUCCCCAGAGCUUUUGGCACUGCAGCACAACUUGAUGUUUCCUGAAAGUGCUACGGCAUCUCCGGUCACCUUGAGAAGAGCUCAUCGCUGCAGAAGAUUCUCAGCUGACUUAAGCCAAAUGAGGUCAUUGAGACUAUUUUUUUCCGACCCUGGAUGCACUUGUGGACAGCUGGUUGUUGCCAGCAGGGAAAGUCAGUAUAAAAUACUCCAUUUUCAUCACGGCGGAUUGGACCGACUUGCCAGAACUCUGUACCAGUGGCACCAGCUUCUGUAUCCGAGAUUGGGAACAGACACAGACGAGGCGUUGCCGUACAGACAAUUCAUGGUCUGCCGUCCUGAAGUAAGUCAGGACGAGUUGCACCCCGAAGAAGGUCAAGUCGCAAUGAUAACUUCACUGGCAUGGAAAGACCUGUUAAACGAACGUGGACAAGUAGAAGAUGACUUGGCGCUGAGGAAGGGGAUAUUUUUUGGUGGUUUGGAACCAGCUCUACGAAAAAUCGUCUGGCCAUUCCUUUUGCACUGCUAUUCUUACCAGAGCACCUACGAAGAGCGUGAACAAGUCGAUUGUAUAAGAAAGGAAGAAUAUGAAGAAAUCAAAAGGCGCAGAGAAAGUAUGAGCCCAGAACAGGCAGAGAAUUUCUGGAGAAACGUGGUCUGCAUCGUAGAAAAAGAUGUUGUGAGAACCGAUCGGGGUAAUCCCUAUUAUGCUGGAGAAGAUAAUCCAAACAUUGAGAUUAUGAAAAACAUUUUAUUGAACUAUGCCGUUUACAAUCCGCAAUUGGGAUACACGCAAGGAAUGUCUGAUCUUUUGGCACCCCUGUUAGCUGAAUUGAAUUCCGAAGCUGAAGCAUUUUGGUGUUUUGCUGGCCUGAUGCAAAGGUCAGUCGCUGUAUGUACGCCAACAGACACAGACAUGGAUAGGAAUUUGUGUUACCUGAGGGAGUUAAUCAGAAUUAUGGUACCCGAGUUUUAUGCUCAUUUAGAAAAGCACACCGAUGCUUUGGAGUUGCUGUUCUGCCAUCGUUGGAUAUUACUAUGCCUAAAACGAGAAUUUCCAACAGAAAUUGCUCUGGUGAUGUGGGAAGCUUGUUGGGUGAACUACCUAACAGAUCAUUUUCAUUUAUUCUUGUGUUUGGCAAUAAUGUGUGUUUAUGCUGAGGACGUGAUAGCGCAGGAUUUGAAAACGGAUGAAAUGCUACUGCACUUUAGUUCACUAGCUAUGUACAUGGAUGGGCAUGUGAUAAUAAGAAAAGCUAGGGGCUUGUUACACCAUUUUCGUCAGUUAGUUCAGUUACCGUGCGCAUUGGCCGGACUUUGUCGACAGUGUGGGCCAGGGAUGUGGGACAGUAGUCAUAAUCCUGUCAUAGAAUGUGUGGGACAUGGAGCGGCGGCAUGCCCUUAUAGUGAAAAUUAUUGAGAACAAAAACGAGGCACAUCCUAAAGCAUAUUAAAAUUAUUUAUAACUGCAUAUUAUAUUACCAGUGGCAAUACUUGAAGACAACUAAAAUAAGUUUUCGGCAAAAUUAUCGCCCUAUUACCCGCCAAACAAACGCGAUACAUAUCGUAAUUGAACUAUCUCUAAGAAUCGAAAAAUAACAACUCAUAAAUAUGUUUAAAACACGUGCAAAAAUACAAAUUAGUUUUACCAAAAAUUAUAUGGAUAUACGUGGAUCCUUGUGCUCCACAUUUUUAACUUACAAAUUAUCUAAGGCACAGCUAAUUGUUACAGUUAUUUAUUUACAUGGAAACUUUGUUUUCGCAUCUUUGUAUUUUUGUCAGAUAUUUAACGUUAAAGAAGAAUUUCAGUUUAUAGUUCAAAAAAUAAAAACUUCAAUUCUCUCUAAAAUAUAUUAUGAUUGAUUGGGAUUAAUUUUGUACACAAAAUUAUACAUACCUGUGUAAAUGUAUCGAUAUCGAACUUGGUAUCAAGUAUACUCGCACCAUUUUCUGCAACAACAGAUUGAAUGUAAUUAAUAAUUUUACCAAAUUAUCAGCAUAUGCGCAAGGUAAGUAGGUAUUUAAAUUCAUGAUUUAUAUGUAGACUAUACCUACCUACAGCUUCGAUGAAUGGAUUCAUAAAUUUAUGGAACUAGAAUGCUGCUUUCAAAUGAAUGAAAUGGUGAACUUAGAUCUCCAAUUUAUGGAUAAUAGUCUAACGGUUAUUUCUAUUGCGUACUUGACCGUUAUACACAUUAGAGAUACAGUAAGACAUACAUUUUAUUUUUAUAAAUAUACACAUCUUAAGUAUACAACCGGCUAGGUAAUCAUAUUAUAAUCUUGUAUUAAUAUCAAUAUACUUAUACAUUAUAUGUAAUAUAAAAAUCAAACAAUUUCUUUUUACAAUUUUACAAACUCCUUAGCUGAAAAUACUAUUCAACAUCACUUUGGGAGAGGCCAUUUUAGUUAUGCCAAUCGUAAAAACAUGUGCGCAUGGAGGGUGGGCAAUUUAAUUACGCUUGUAGAAAGCAUUAUCAUGCCAUACUUGAUAGAAAAAAAAACUGAUAAUUGUAAAUCUCUCAAAAUCCGUAAACAUCGUGGCACAAAGGUUUAUCCUAAAAAUAUUAGUCCCAUUUUUAAUUGGCAAAUAGAUUAACUAAAGCCAAUUAUAAUUCAACUGAUUGUGAACUUAGUCACACCAAGCACUAAAUUUAGUAGAAUUGAAACUCUGUAUUGGUGAUGCGUACUCCUAAUUAUAUUCCAAGUAAAUAAGAAAUAAAGUCGGCACACGCAUAGAGCACUCGAAGACACUGCGUUGUUAAGAACUCUAUCCCGUGCAAUGUGCUCAGA